GUAGACAAUACUCAGGGCGACAGCUUUGAUCUGUACUACGGACUCUUCAUGUACAAUGUGAACGCAACAGAGGAGCGCUUGGAGAGGGCUUUCGAUGCUGUUAAGAAGGAAUUGUUUGACAAACUUCAUGACAAGUUGCGCUACCAGUUGUUCGACCCCGGCCGAGAGCAUUUCCUACUGCCCGUUACGGCCAGCGCAGAUCCGAGACCUCUCAAUACACCCAGCCAUGUAAACGGGUCUUCCAACGGUUCGUACAGCAACGGCGCAUCCAACAACGGCUCGAACAACGGUUCGUCCAGAGACGUAGAAUCGUCGGCAGAAGAGAUUGUUCAAGCUGAUAGUCGUUCGAACGCUAAGGUCAGCGGUCGUAGCUCUGAAGGGACCAGCCAUCCUGGCGACGACCCUGCGAGGAAUGACCAGGCGGCUGGCAAUGGCAGGGGCGUGGGGAGAUCGUGGGCAGAAAAAGACGUGAAUGGCAUGGGCAACGGUGCUGCAUGGGAAAGAGAUUCUUCAUCAAACAUCAUCAUCUUGAAAGAUAAUAAGGACAUGCUGCAGCAAAUGCGGCUGUCUCCGCUGAGGGGCCAUGCUCACACUCGAGAGUAUUCCAACUGACAUGUGGAUGUAGUUGCGACCAGGUGCAUCAAGUGCGGAACUGACAUAUAUUGACGUAAUUGCGACCAGGUUAGGUGCAUCUAGUCCGGGCCGUAAAUGCGACCAGGUGGUGCAUCAAGUGCAGAAUUGACAUGUCAUUGUAAUUGCGACCGGGUGCAUCAAGUGCUGAACUGACAUGUGGACGUAACGGCGACCAGGUGCAUCUAGUCCGGGCCGUAAACGCAACCAGGUGCAUCGAGUGCAGAAUUGACAUGUGAUUGUCAUUGCAACCAGGUGCAUCAAGUGCUGAACUGACAUGUGGACGUAACGGCGACCAGCUGCAUCUACCAGGUGCAUCAAGUGCAGAAUUGACAUGUCAUUGUAAUUGCGACCAGGUGCAUCAAGUGCGGAACUGACAUGUGGACGUAAUUGCGACGAGGUGCAUCAAGUACACAGUGAGCGUAUACAGAGUAAUUCCUCUGCCAUUAUUAUUGCAGUAAUUACUAAUUACUCCGCAGUAAUUAUCAUUGCAGUAAUUACUCCGCAGUCGAGUAAUUACUCUGUGUACGCUCUCUGCUGUAAAUUGUCGAUGUAACUGGUCUCAGGCGUGGUAAUUACUCUGCGUACUCUCACUGCCGUAACUGGUCUUCGGUGCAGUAAUUACGGCAGUAAUUAAAAUAAAAUUAUCCUUUUGUU